UGAAAAUCAGAGAACAAACAAAUCACCAGGUCCAACUGGUGGAGUGGACUCUGGAGAAGGCUCUUCUACGUACCUUACUCUAUAUUACAUCCAUUCUUAUCUCCUUCUCCUUCUCGCUCUACCAAAACCAAGACUGAUCAACCUCGAGCUUCAUCCAUGGCCUCAGCCCUUACUGCCGAGUUUUUUCCAGAACAUGAGGUGAGAGAGCAUCUACUAGUGGUUGAGGAUGAGAGGGAGAACGGAGAAAUGGAAGUGAAAUUUCGGAUUCGAGAUCUAACAAAAGAAUCAGAGAACGGAGAUCAGAUUCUGAGGGGAGUGAGUGUGGAUAUACCCAAGGGAAUGAUCGUCGGAAUCAUUGGCCCCAGUGGUAGCGGCAAAUCCACGCUGCUCAGGGCACUCAAUCGCCUCUGGGAGCCACCUUCUGGCUCUGUCUUGUUAGAUGGCCAUGAUAUCUGCAACCUUGAUGUUCUAGCGCUCCGCCGUAAGGUCGGCAUGCUCUUUCAGCUUCCCGUUCUCUUCGAAGGCACAGUUGCAGAUAACAUAAGAUAUGGACCCCAGCUAAGCGGCAAAAAGCUAAGUGAGCAUGAAGUACACAGAUUGCUUACCCUUUCAGAUCUUGAUUCCUCCUUUUACAAUAAGAUUGGUUCUGAGCUAUCUGUGGGUCAAGCUCAAAGAGUAGCACUUGCUAGAACUUUAGCUAAUAAGCCUGAGGUUUUGCUGCUGGACGAACCAACAAGCGCCUUAGAUCCCAUAUCGACCGAGAACAUAGAGGAUGUUAUAAUGAAGCUGAAGAAGAAACAGGGGAUGACUGUCAUAAUGGUUUCACACAGUAUUAAACAAAUACAGAGGAUUGCUGAUAUAGUUUGCCUUCUCGUUAAUGGUGAGAUUGUUGAGAUUUUGAACCCUAAUAAGCUCUGCGAGGCCAAGCACCCCAUGGCCCUAAGGUUUCUUCAACUCAGCUCUUGAACUCUCUCAAUCAUUGUAUAUAUCUUUUACUGUUUCUGAAUUAUAAUGGUCCGUUCCAAACCGUAUUUGAGGUUUGGAAUGCUUAAUGGUGAAUCCUAUAUAUUUGGCUAA